UUUCGCCACAGCCAAACAUCAAGCAUCACAAAAACCCUAAUCUCCUCUCUCUUUCUCUCGAAUCAUCCUUUUCCGUGUUUUCCCCUCAGUCAAGCUCAAUCUCCGGUCGAUCUUCCGACGACAGGUGGUGCUGCUGCUAUCAGCAGAUUUUCAAGGUGAAGGGUGUUACCGUUGAAGAGUCUUUUAUGUCCGUACAGGCCCUCCACUAUUUGGGAACUAUUGGGUUGCUUGGAGAAUAUUGUCCUUCAGCUAGAAAAAAGAACAGUCAUUUUUCCAACAAAAUUGACUGCAUGCAUCUCGGGCCAUUUCGAGAAUACCCAGAGUUUCACGGUUGCAGUUGGCCGCAACCUUUUCUGAUUGCUGAGGAUCAGCCUUCUGUUGUCUGUCAGAAAACUAUAGAGAAAGAUACUACUACCUUUACCCUGAGUUCUGGUAUUUGCUGCCUGUGACGUCAAGAGUUUUUGUUUUGAAUUGUUGAUCAAGAUGGCUUUGCAGAACAUUGGUGCUGGCAAUAGUGAUGAUGCCUUCUACAGGUACAAAAUGCCUAAAAUGAUCACCAAAAUUGAAGGCCGAGGAAAUGGUAUCAAAACAAAUGUAGUUAACAUGGUUGAUAUUGCAAAGGCAUUGGGGAGGCCUGCCUCUUACACAACCAAGUAUUUUGGCUGUGAGCUUGGUGCUCAGUCUAAAUUUGAUGAGAAAACUGGGACUUCCCUUGUUAAUGGAUCACAUGACACUGCUAAGCUUGCUGGUCUUCUUGAGAACUUCAUUAAGAAAUAUGUCCAGUGUUAUGGUUGUGGAAACCCUGAAACUGAGAUUUUGAUUACUAAGAGUCAGAUGAUACAGUUGAAGUGUGCUGCGUGUGGUUUUGUAUCAGAUGUGGAUAUGAGGGAUAAGUUAACGACAUUCAUUUUGAAGAACCCCCCUGAGCAGAAGAAGGGAUCAAAAGAGAAGAAGGGACUGAGGAGGGCUGAAAAAGAGCGUCUUAAGGAAGGUGAGGCUGCUGAUGAGGAGCUGAAGAAACUGAAGAAAGAUGGAAAAAAGAAAAGUUCCUCUACCAAGGAAGGUAGCAACAAAACCUCUACAAAGAAGAAAGCCAGUGGAUCUGAUGAAGAUCGCAUAUCACCAACUCACAGCCAGGUUGAUGACAAGGAAGAUAUUGAUGAUGACGUAGAUGAUGUUCAGUGGCAAACUGAUACAUCACUUGAGGCUGCUCGUCAGCGCAUACAGGAGCAACUGAGUGCUGUAACUGCUGAUAUGGUAAUGCUCUCUACAAAUGAAUCAGAGAAGAAAGCAAAGGUUGCUAUGGUAGGUGGGAGUCCUACUGUCGCUUCUCCUGUGCAUGAAGAGAGUCCCAAGGCUGAGAAUGGUCAAUCAAGUGUGCAUCAGACCCUCGUUGAUGAGUUGAAAGCAAACAUGAAGAAAGUUACUUCCGCAAACCAGCUGAAGGCUGUUCUGGGAUCUCUCUCUGGAUCUGCUGAGGAAAAGACAAUUGCUUUGUUUGAGGCACUCUUUGAUGGUGUGGAGAAAGGUUUUGCAAAGGAGGUGAUCAAGAAGAAGAGCUAUCUAGCUGCUGCUCUUGCUCAAGAUGAGGGAUCACAGUUGUUUUUGCUUAAAGCAAUUGAGGCAUUCUGUGGAAAGGCUAAUUCAAGUGCGUUAAAAGAAGUUGCUCUAGUUUUGAAAGCUCUUUAUGAUGCAGACGUCUUGGAGGAAGAGUUUAUUCUGCAGUGGUACGGGGAGGGGCUUAAAGGGAGUAACAAAGACUCUCAGAUAUGGAAGAACACGAAGCCCUUUAUUGAUUGGCUCCAGAGUGCUGAAUCAGAAUCUGAGGAGGAAUGAUAUGUUUUCUCUCUCAUGGGUGAAUGUAGCUGAAGAGUUUGUCGUCCUUGUCUUUUUAUUGAGGUUUUUAUUGGGGUUUCGGGUUUUUAUAAAUAAAGAAUGGUCCACUAGGUCUGUUCUGAUUUGGAGUUCGCCACACUAGUUUUUUAAGUGAGUGUCAUUUUGUGUUGUGAUUUCUUUUCAGUCUUAAUUUGGGUUUAGCGUCUAUUGUUGUAAGCUACCCUGUUGGCUGUUGCUUCUGAGUCUUGUGACAUUCUAAUGUUGUUAUUUACCUGGAGUUAUGUUCUCUUUUGUCAAAUCCAUUCCUUGUUACUAUUGUAAUUUUUUUAC